AUGCAGGCAUUACUGAGCAUGACUGCUCUGCUCCUGUGGCAUCUGCUUCACCAUCUCAGUGCACUCAGUUCAGCUUCCAAAUGCAUCUUGCAGAAUGACUUUGAGCCUGGCUUCAUGGCUGAUGGAGAUUUUCUAAUAGGUGGGAUUUUUCCUUUGCACUACAAUCAGGAAAUGCCAGACCUCAACUGUACUUACAAACCCGGGCCAGUCCAAUGUAAUGGAUUCGAUCCGAGAUCUUUCCGAUGGGCCCUUACAAUGAAACUUGCUGUAGAGGAAAUAAACAAGCGAGCCGAUCUUUUACCUAAUUACACUCUGGGUUACAAAAUCUUUGACUCUUGUGCAUACCCUCUGACUGGGCAGAGAGCAGCAGUAGCUGUUCUAAAUGGACCAAAUGAGAAAGAAAGUCCUAUGUGUUUAGGUGCAGGUCCAUUGCUGGCCAUCAUUGGAGAAUCCGGGUCAGCUCAGUCUAUUGUAGUUUCUAGAAUUCUGCAACCUUUCAGAAUUCCACUGAUCAGUUAUUUUUCCUCCUGUGCCUGUCUGAGUAAUCGGAGAGAAUACCCCACAUUCUUUAGAGUCAUCCCUAGUGAUGACUACCAAGUAAAGGCCAUUGCAAUACUCCUGAUGCAUUUUAACUGGACCUGGGUGGGAGUUGUACGAGGAGACCAUGAGUAUGGUCGCUUUGCUCUUCAGGGCUUACUAAAAGAGCUGGAGGGUACAGGCAUAUGUGUAGCAUAUCAAGAGAUGAUUCCUCUGUUAUAUGAUCGUAAGAGGGCUCUGGAAAUCAUCCAUGUCAUGAGCUACUCCACUGCUCGUGUGGUCGUGGUGUUCUCAGCUGAAGGGGAGCUCACACCCUUCUUGAGAGAUUACAUGGAGCAGAAUGUCACUGGGAUACAGUGGAUUGCAAGUGAGGCUUGGGUUACAUCCUCUGUGUUUACAGGUAGUGAAUACUAUCCUUUCCUUGGAGGGACCAUUGGUUUUGGAAUACGACAGGGCCAAAUCCCAGGGUUAAGGGAGUAUCUCACAACAGUGAAUCCAGAAAGGUACCCCUCUAACACCCUGGUUCAGGAGCUGUGGGGAGCUCUAUAUGGCUGUUCUUCCUCCUCCUCUGGCUUGAAUAGUCAUUUGCCCUCCUGCACAGGGCAGGAGACACUUAAGGAGCAGCACUCAGCCUACAUGAACACUUCCAGCCCUCGCAUUUCCUAUAAUGUUUAUAAAGGAGUGUAUGCAAUUGCUCAUUCUCUGCACAAUCUCAUUCACUGUUCACAUGGAAAAGGGCCAUUCAGUAACUUCACAUGUGCAGACAUACAAAAUGUCUACCCAUGGCAGCUACAGCACUAUCUCCAAGAGGUGUCAUUCACUAUUUCAGGAGAGACAGUUAAUUUUGACAUGAAAGGCGAUUCUAUUCCAUCUUAUGACCUCAUCAACUGGCAGAGGGGCUCAGCUGGAAAUAUUGAGUUUGUUAAUGUGGGCAUGUUCGAUGGUGCACAAGAAUCUGGACAGGAACUGGUCAUCCAGGAGAAGGGUAUCAUGUGGCCUGGCCAUCAGACAGAGGUGCUGGUGUCUGUAUGCAGUAACAGCUGCAGUCCAGGAUUCAGGAAGGCUGUCCGUCGUGGCCAGCCUCUGUGUUGCUUUGACUGUGUACCAUGUGACAGUGGCAAAAUCAGUAAUAGGACAGAUUCAAUAGACUGUAUGGCCUGUUCUGAAGAUUACUGGUCAAAUGCUGAUGGAACAUUGUGUAUUCCAAAAGUGGUUGAGUUCCUUUCUUAUGAUGCAAUGGGAUUGAUCCUAACAAUGAUAGCUGUAGUGGGAGCCUGCCUGACUUUAGCUGUGUUUGCUGUAUUUCUCUAUCACAGAAAUACUCCUAUUGUACGCAUCAAUAAUUCAGAGCUCAGUUUCUUCAUCCUGCUGUCCUUAACUCUGUGUUUUCUAUGUGCUCUGUUGUUUAUUGGGGAACCAACAUCCUGGUCUUGUAUGUUGCGACACACUGCCUUCAGUAUCACUUUCUCCCUCUGCAUCUCCUGCAUUCUGGGCAAGACUUUAGUGGUGCUGGCAGCUUUCACAGCUACCCGACCUGGAAACAAUAUCAUGAAAUGGUUGGGCCCCACACAGCAGAGAAUCAUCAUCUUUAGCUGCACUCUGGUUCAGCUAGUGAUUUGUACUGCUUGGCUUAUAGUAUCACCUCCUUUCCCCAACAGAAACACAAAAUAUCAACAGUCCAAGAUCAUCCUGGAUUGCAGUGUGGGCUCUGAUCUGGCCUUCUGGUGUGUGCUGGGAUAUAUUGGCCUCUUGGCCUGUGUUUGUUUCUUUCUGGCUUUUUUGGCCCGGAAGCUGCCAGGCAAUUUUAAUGAGGCCAAGUACAUCACCUUUAGCAUGCUUAUAUUCUGUGCCGUGUGGCUGGCUUUUAUACCUGCAUAUGUCAGUUCACCUGGUAAAUUUACAACUGCUGUGGAGAUUUUUGCCAUUUUAGCUUCUAGUUUUGGCCUGCUUUUCUGUUUAUUUGCCUCAAAGGUUUAUAUAAUUUUAGUAAAGCCCGAGAAAAAUACCAAACAACAUUUAAUGGGGAAAGACAAAUAA